AUGGAGCACUUGAUCCUUGUUUCUGCGUUAUUGCUGUUAUUAUUCAUAUCGGUGUUUGCAAAUGAGCGUUCAGAAGACAUAUUUUAUGUGAAACCAGGGGCAGGAACUUUAAGUGUUCAAGCAGAACUGAAAAAGUAUUUAUGCAAGUUUUCAUACUCAGCACAAGGUGGAACUCAUGAAAGGCAUCCCCUCAUAUCUUUUCUUCAAGAUUUUAAGUUAGAGCUUACCGGUCCAAUGGUUUCCAUUAAAGAAGUGGACAUUAAGAAUUCUCAAAGAGAUAAUUUGAGUUUAGGAAAGGAUGAGUAUCAGGUGGAAAAGAAUUCAGUGUCCAGUGUGCCAGGAAAAUUCAAGAAUCAUCUAGAGAAAGUGGCAGUGUAUUCCCCCUUGUCUCACGAUGAUCUGUGA